GAUAUUAGAAGAGAGCUAAAGAUAAAAGCGUUAGUGGUUCUUGAAUCGGCGCCAAAUAUGGACAUAGUCGUGCAAAGAUCCCUGACAGAGCGAGCCUGUCCAGAAUGCAACCAUCAUGAACUCGAAUAUUACACGAAGCAGCUUCGGUCGGCGGAUGAGGGGCAGACUAUCUUCUACGAGUGCCCGGAGUGCGGCCACGCGUUCAAUGAGAACAGCUAAGAAAAAGGUUUCCUACUAUCAGGGUAUGGAUAUGGGUGGAAGAAACUGCUCCUGCCAUUGGUUGACAAUCGAUGUUCAACAAAAUUUCUCCUGCCAUGCGUUGACCAUUGAUAGAUUCCCUGCAGCGGCCAAAUCCUGGUGCCGCUCGUGAACUUCGCCUCCAUCAGCUCCACUUCGCCGGAGCAAUUAGUCCAGAGGAGGAGGUGUAGCCGGUCCACCUGAUCUCCGACGUGUUAUUCUAACUCCAAAUAAAUUCUUUUUGAGUUCUAUUCUUAGUCACAUGUACACAUGCAGGUUCUAAACUUCUUGUCCAGUCAUUCUAGUACUGAUGAAGAUCGAGUUGACUGAAAUAAUAUAGUCGAUUCUUGAGACCCUUACUAGUCUUUCCAUAUAUAGAAGUUGUGCCUGAUAUCCAAACAUAACU